CAUCGAUGCGAAUCAUCACGCCCCGCCUGGCUCUGACAUCAGCCGAGUAUCUGGCCUAUCAGUGUGAGAAGCACGUGCUCGUCAUCCUCACCGACAUGAGCUCCUACGCCGAGGCUCUCAGAGAGGUGUCCGCAGCCAGAGAGGAAGUGCCGGGACGCCGCGGUUUCCCCGGUUACAUGUACACCGACCUGGCGACCAUCUACGAGAGAGCCGGCAGAGGAGGACGAAACGGCUCCAUCACACAGAUCCCCAUCCUCACCAUGCCUAAUGAUGACAUCACUCAUCCGAUCCCUGAUCUGACCGGUUACAUCACUGAGGGACAGAUCUAUGUGGACAGACAGCUGCACAACAGACAGAUCUAUCCUCUCAACGUGCUGCCGUCUCUCUCCCGUCUGAUGAAGUCGGCCAUCGGUGAAGGAAUGACUCGCAGAGAUCACUCUGACGUUUCCAACCAGCUCUAUGCGUGUUAUGCCAUAGGUAAAGACGUCCAGGCCAUGAAGGCUGUUGUGGGAGAAGAAGCUCUGACAGCUGAUGAUCUCCUCUAUCUGGAGUUCCUCACCAAGUUUGAGAAGAACUUCAUUUCCCAAGGCGCCUACGAGAACCGCAGCGUGUUCGAGACUCUGGACGUCGGCUGGCAGCUGAUGAGGAUUUUCCCCAAAGAGAUGCUGAAGAGGAUUCCUCAGAGCACCUUAGCCGAGUUUUACCCUCGAGAGGCCAAACGCUAA